ACACACACACACACACACACACACACACACACACACACACACACACAUAUGGACGCACGCAGCAGAGUGCACGAGUUCCUCCUCCAAGCCCAGGCGAUACACUCUAUCCUUGGCCCUAGGGAGCCCAGGGCAAAGCCUGGUCUCUCUGAGGCAGCUAAACCGUCCGGGGGGUCCCAGAAUCCCCACGCCUGCACGGCCCAUCAGGGACUCUCCUUUGCCCAGGCUGCCUCUACUUCGCUGCCCUCCCCACUCCCCUGGCCUCCCAGCUCCUACUUCGCGGGUCUACAAACUUCGAGCUCCCAGUUUCCGCGCCUCUCCGCCGCCCGCAUUCUCUACUCUCUGCCGCCUGGGGUCUUCUCCCAGCGUCUACACCCCACCUCGGAGGACCUAGCUGAGCCAGUGGGGACUGGAUCCAGCGAGAGGCUCGGCCAGGUGAGCCCUGAAAGGUGGGGCGGGGCGGGGGCGCUCUGGGCCCCACCCCGGGAUCCGGUGACGCUGGGGCUGGAAUUUGACACCGGACGGUGGCGGGCAGGAGGCUGCUGAGGGAUGGAGUUGAGCUCAGCCCCCAGACACGGCCCGCGGGCUCUGCCACCAACAAGUCCCUCGGGCCCCAGCCUUCACUGCGACUGGGGCUCAGAGCCCGGCACCAGAGCCCCUCCGGUCCCUAGCUUGUUGGGCUGUACUAGUCCUUCUGGCCGGCUGUAAUGUGAGGCUCCCGCUGCCGCCACAGGGCACAGACUGCCUGCCAAGGCCCCACUUUUUGCUAAAAGAGGCGCUGCCAGGUGCACAAUUCUGGACAUGGGCCAUUUGAGCUUCGGGGAAAAGCCCAACAUUGGUCUCAGGAAAGGUGCCUAGAAGAACACGGUGCAGGAUCCCCGUGCUGCCUCAAGAGGAGGGCGGGGAAAACAGGUCCACAAAAGCUGAUGGGAGCUCCUGGUAUUGAUAGAGAUGGAUAUUGGAUUUGGAGGCCCUACUGCACUACCCCAUUGUCUCUGGCCUAGAUGGCAGCCAGCCCUGUGGCCAACCCUGGCUGCUCUUACCCUGCUGAGCAGCGUCACAGAAGCCUCCCUGGACCCCAUGUCCCGCAGCCGCGUCACUCGGGAUGGUCCCUUGCCCGUACUGGCGCCCCCAACAGGCCACCACCUGCCCGGGGCACACACUGCGAGUUUGUGCAGCGAAAGAGCCGGGCGACUACCGCCACAGUCUCCCCAGCCGGCACCCCCGCCGCCAGGCCCGGCGCUCCAGUCUCCUCCAGCUGCGCUCCGUGGGGUACGCGCAGCGCGCGCAGGGACCCGGAGCAGCCGCGCGCGGGCCCUGGAUGCUCGCGGGUGCCGCCUGCGCUCGCAGCUCGUGCCGGUGAGCGCGCUCGGCCUGGGCCACAGCUCCGAUGAGCUGGUGCGUUUCCGCUUCUGCAGCGGCUCUUGCCGCAGGGCGCGCUCCCCGCACGACCUCAGUCUGGCCAGCCUUCUGGGCGCCGGGGCCCUGCGGUCGCCCCCGGGCUCCAGGCCGACCAGCCAGCCCUGCUGCCGGCCCACUCGCUAUGAGGCAGUCUCCUUCAUGGACGUGAACAGCACCUGGAGGACCGUGGACCAUCUCUCCGCCACAGCCUGCGGCUGUCUGGGCUGAGGACGCUCUCCCAAGACUUUGCACAAUGGACCUUUACCGGUGUAGUUCCCUGCCCGGGACCACCCCACUGUGCCUCACUAGCCUGGAGCCUCAGCCAGAGAUGGAGGCUGAGAGCUGAGGUCCCAGCCUGGUGAGUGACGGACAUCAGUCCUGGAGAGAUGGCCGGACCACUGCCCAGCAGCCUCAAGGUGCUCACUCUACGGAUCCCAGCGCUGCUGACACCAGAGACCUCAGCUAAGUGGAACUCCUCCGGAGAAUUCGGAAAUAGCCCCAGAUCAUGGGGAAUGGAUUUUGAGGAGACACAUUGCAGUCACGUUGCUGAAAGAGUCUGUGCUGGACCUGGCCUUGUAUUCACUUGUGGGAGCUGGAGCCGUAUUUAUUAUUCCUAAAUUAUUUAUUUACUUUGCUGGUUUGUCAGAUCCUUUCCUGGGCAGUGGGGGGAAUGGGUCAAAAAGGCUGAAUGAAGAUGCACCCCACAUCCCUGCUUCCAUAUUUCACACCCACCUUCCAAUCACAGUGGCCUGGAUGCCUACCUCUUGCCCCUCAGGCAGUUCUGGGACAGGAGGC